AUGGACCAGAUGUGCAGCAUUGAAAAUUGUCCCAAGAAAGCCAACAUAAAGUGCCUUUGUGAAAAUAUCAUGUUUUGCGAAACUCAUAUAGAUGCCCACUUAUUAUACUCAACAGGUGUACACAAUUGUGUAAAACUCUUUAAUUUUCCGCUUCAAGCAACUAAAGUUGCCUCGAUUUCUCAUUUAAAUAAUUCAAUCGCAAGCCUCAGAUCUCUCCGAUCAAGACUCACCCAAAAAUUGUCCCAAGAUAUGAUUGCUAUUCAAAGCUUUCUUGGGAACUAUUUAUCCUUUUUCCCAUAAAAAUAAAUCAUUUUAAAUAAAAAAAUAAUUCAGCCUAGCUUACCUUAAAAUUUAUAUCAAAAAUAGACUAUGAAAUCAUAAAAACAAAAAAAGAGCUGCUAAAAAUCAUGAACACUGACCAAAUUCCAAGGACCGACGAAUUGCACGAAAUGGAGUUUUUACUAUUGCCGUCUGAUGAAGCCAUUGAUUAUUUAAACUCAAAAAAUGCAGGAUCUAUAAAAUCAAUGUCACAUACAGAAAUCCUAGAAAAAAUAUACAAAAUCCAGAAAAAUUUUGAGUGGAGAGAAACCUCCGAAAUGAAGCUUUUAGCUGAAAAAAACAAAAAUUUAAAAAAAGAAAACAAAGAACUCAACGUAAAAAACCAAGAAUUAAUCCAAAAAAUUAGAAGGUUAAAACAAGAGCACGAGUCUUUUCAAGAGGAGUCAAGCUUGCAGUUUUUAGUAUUUGAAGAUGAAAAAGAAAAUACAAGAUGCCAAUUAAAUACAAAAAUUGAGCAGCUGAAAGCAGAAAACUGCAAGCUGAGUAUUGAGUAUAACAAUAUAAACGCAUCAUACAAAAUUUUGUAUGGUAAGUAUGGAAAAUCAAUGAAAAAGUCUCACUCUUUGGUAAAGCCUGGGAAUAUGAAGCAUAUAUAUCAAUGCUGUAUUUGCCAAGUUAUUGUAAAUGAUGAUUUAGCUUUAAAGAAAAAUGAAUGCGGAUGCAUUUCAUGCCAAAACUGCAUGCUUCCUGAGUAUGAAGAAAUAUUUUCGAUUUUUAAAAAGAAAAAAUCAUGCAGAAAAUGCGGAAAAGUUAAAUCAGGAAAUGAAUGGGUAACUGCAUAA